AUGCAGCAGGGUGUAGGGAACAAACCUGGGCCAAAGCCUGUCUUUACCUGCCCUACUACAGGGUGUAAGGCAACGUUCCGCAAAAAACUCAGACUGCAAGACCAUAUGACGAAACAUACCGGACAGAAACCAUUUCGCUGUGACAAGCCGGGGUGCGGGAAGAUGUUUUUCCAAAAAUCUAAACUACAGUGUCACUUGCAAAAGCAUCUGGGUGUGAAGAAGUAUAUUUGCUCAGCUUCUGAAUGUCGAGCUGCUUUUCUAACUAAACGGAGGUUGAAAUAUCACCAGCAGUGCAAACAUGGAAAUACUGGCCCUCUAACGUGCUCAGUUUCUGGAUGUUUCAAAACCUUUCACAAGAAGAAAGCUUUAAAAAAUCACCUGUCAGAGCACAAAGUAGAGCCUCGCUUUGCUUGUGAUCAAGCAGGUUGUGAAUGGAAAGGUCCUACUAGUGCAAGUCUUACAGCCCAUCGCCGACGCCAUGCAGGAUACCGCUGCCCUUUCCCAGGCUGUCAAGCUACAUCUCCAACUUGGAGCACUCUACAGAAACACAGAAAACAACAUCCUUUGGAUCUUCUAUGUCCAAAGUGUAAGAAGUCCUUUACAAAAGAGGCUGCUCUACGGAGACACAAAGUGACCCAUCUGGACAAGAAAGUCACCUUGACCUGUCCCAGAGAAGACUGUAAACUGACAUUCACUACAGUCUUCAACCUGACUCAUCAUGUAAGAAAAGAGCACCUUUGCUUGCAGCCCUACCAUUGUUACCAUGCUGGCUGUAAUCGCACCUUUGCAAUGAGGGAAAGUCUGCUUAGACAUCUUGUGGUUCAUGAUCCCAACAAGAAGAAAAUGAAGCUCAAAUUCAACUUAAAACCAUCAAAGAAGCACUUCAGAAGAGCCCUUUGCCAACUGCCUGUAGUGGAGCAAGACCUGAGUCGUCUGUUUAAUCAGAAACUUUGUUUCCGAAGUAAAACUCUUCUGGAGAGUAACCUUUCUAUCCUCUUCAAUGAACGGCUGUUAAGAGAUCCUGCGGAUCCAGAAGUUAACCUCAGCAACCUCUUCCAGCGUUUUCCUGUCCGUCCUGAGAAAACGGCCUAA